CCGUUUGAACUGAGAAAACAUUACUUGUCUGUGCAUUUCACACGAGUAGACGUUAUGCCAGCAACAAGGGGAAGCAGAAGGAAACGUUAAAGAUGCUCGACGAAUCGACGUGUCCCCGUGGAGUAUGUGUCAAGUGCGUGAACUCGGUCCUCGAAGCUCAAAUAUUCAAAAUGUUUGUUAAGGAUUCCAGAAAAAUUUGGCUAAAAGCCCUAAACUCGUUAGCAGAACUUCCAGAGUCUGCACACCCCAUGAUCAAAACAUUAUGCGGCAUUAUAAAACAGGACACGUUAAGUCUGCACACUUUAAAAGAGUACAAUGUCAAUGAACCGAAAGAUAUACUUCAAAAACUGAAUAAUAGAACGAAUAAGAAGAAGCAGAAAGUAAUAAGAUCUGGACCGUCUUGCGAUUGUCCAGAUUGCGGGAAACAGUUCACAAGUCCUUAUUUACUCAACGUGCAUCUAAUAAACAGUGGGCAGAAGGAAGCCUGCCUCACUUGCGGAACUGUUCUCCUCAGAGGCGAAGAAAUCAAAGAACAUUUAAGUGUUGCGCAUAAAACUGAAGUGAUUCUGUGUAAACAGUGUCCGUUGAUGUUUCCGGAUGAAGUUCAUAUGAAUAACCAUGUGCAAGAGGAUCACAGGUUAGGAGCACUUACCUGCUGCGACUGUGGUCGGGUCUUCGCCAGGAGAGCGGCUUUCGAAACCCACAUGCAAAUGCACACCGUCAGGACAUGCCGGAAGUGUGGUGCCCAAUUCAGUAACCGCGGUUGUUAUAGGGAACACAGGAGUCAUUGCGAGCCGAAUGCUCGUCCAGAUAUCCAUUUAUUACCGCGCAAUAAACGGUCCAACAUUCGAGAUCCGGCUGCCUUCUCUUGUGACCAUUGCGGCAAAACCUACACGUCCAGACCUCAGCUGAAGAACCAUAUUCUUUGGAUACAUAUGGAUGUUAGACCCCAUCAAUGUCAAUGGUGCGGAAAGAGGUUUUAUACGUCCUCAAGGUUGGCGGAACACAACGUAGUUCAUACGAGGGAGAGGAAAUUCGAAUGUGACAUUUGUGGCGUGAAAUUGGUUUCCAAAAUGGCGGUCGUGUACCACAGACGGAGGCAUACCGGCGAGAAACCGUACACUUGCGAGGAUUGUGGCGAGAAAUUCCUAUCCUCCUCGCGGAGAUCAGAGCACGCGAAGCGCAGACAUGGCAAGGGCGUGAUGAUGCAGUGUCUCGACUGCCCCGCCAUGUUCGCAAGGUCUCUACAGUUGAGGAAGCAUAUAGAAAAAGUACACAAGCGGCCACAGCUGUUCAUUAAAGUCAAAGAUUGACAAUCAUUGUUCUAGAUUUCAGAAUCUAAGCAAUUUGUCUAUGACAUAGUAUGUUAAAUGCCCGAUUGUGAUUCGGUUUUUUGGUUUGAAAGCUGAUGUGAUCAAGAUGGUAUUUUAAGUCUUUUUUUAAAAGAUGGUAUUUAGUUAUAGUUAUUUAUUAUUUGAAAUAUGAAAAAUGAAUU